AUGGUCGCUGAUUCGUCCGACAACAACCCGAAGGGCAACGGCGGUGCGGAAAAGAAGGAGGAGCGCACCGCGGGCCAAUUCUUUCAUAUGGGAGACAAGGGGGAGCAAGGAGACGCAUCUGCUAAGGCUGGAGCAGAGCUGCACCCCCUGGACUAUUGGGUGGCUGGUGCGCGACAAGCUGCGUUUAAGGGAGCGGAUGGCAAGCCGGUGGUGCUGCACGACGUUCUCCUCGUCCCCGACCUGAAGGCCAACCUUAUCUCCCUCCGUAAGCUUGGCCAGGCUGGGGAGAACAACAACACAGAUGGGGCUCGCACUUAUAUGGGGAAGCUGGGCAAUCGGGUGCUUUGGGAUCUGCACGAGAGCAAGGACGUGUACAGGUCUAUGUGGCAGCUGCCGGCGCUGGCGUGGCACGGUGGGGGGCAGGCUGGAAGGGGGUCUGCAUCCCAGGGGGAGUGCAACGCCGUUGGAGGGGUUGGUGUGAAAGUGUCGGCCAGAUCUGGGGAGACAGAUUGGGCAACUGCACACCGACGUUUGGGGCAUGUGGCAAUGCCUUUGCUGAAGCAGCUGGAGACGGAUGGAGCCGUUAAAGGCUUGAAGCUGAACGGACAACCACCCGAUGAUAACUGUGAAAUUUGCCUCCUUUCAAAGUUCACCCGUUUCCCCUUCCAUAGUGUGGCUGGCAGGAGCAAAAAGCCGUUGGAGCUGGUCCACAUGGACUUGGUGGGGCCGCUGCCAGUGCAAGGGCACAAGGGGGAGCGGUACUUCCUAACCAUAGUGGAUGACUGGAGCAGGCUAAUGUGGGCGUAUCCGCUGAAGCAGAAAGAUCACGCUGCCUCCACGAUUCGGGACGAUUGGCUGCCGUUCGUGGAGAAGCAAGCGGAGUGUGUGGUGAAGCGAAUUAGGACAGAUCGGGGUGGUGAGUUCCUUGGAGCUGAGAUGACGGCCUGGCUCAAGAAGCAGGGCAUCCAGAGGGAGCUGACCACGUCUUACACCCCACAGUCCAACGGUGUAGCAGAACGGGCGAACCGGACAAUUUUGGAGACAGCUAGGGCGCUGCUCAUAGAGUCUGGGCUGGGCAACUUGAUGUGGCCCCAUGCUGUUCGGCACGCUACCGUCGCUAGGAACAGGGUACUCACAAAGGUUGGGGAUAACUCGUGGGUUCCGUUGGAGAGGUGGCUUGGGAGGAAGCCGCUGGUGGACAUGCUGAGGGUGUUCGGUUGCAUGGCAGUCGCCCACGUCCCCAAGACCUACCGCAGUAAGUUGGGGGCGAGUGCAAUCUGGUAUGUGCAUUUGGGGCUGGCUGCUGAGAGCAAGGGAUGGCUGCUGUGGGAACCAUCCAAGGGUGUGUUGUUUGACAGCAGGGAUGUGAAGUUUGUUGAGGGCAUGAUUGUGUGGGAGGAGGGAGAGGAGGCAGCUGCAGAGGGUGGUGAUGGAAAGAAGGUACACGAGGCACCUGCUGGUGGAGAAAAUGAUGUGGAGAUUGGCACUAGUGGAGCUGCUGGAUCUCAGGGGAGAGAGCAGCAGCAAGGGAAAACUAAGAAGCCGAAGGGUGUCCUUAUGAAGGGAUGGGAGACACCCGUCUCCAGGCCAGGACGUACCCGUAUGGCUACUAAAAAGCUGACUGCAGGAGCUGAUGUAGCUGAGCAGCAGCUUGGGACCGAGGAGGCAUUGCUGAUUCUACCGCAUGGCAAUGACCCGGAUGAGGAGGAUGAGCCUGCGGACUGUUUUCUUGCCCCUGCACCAGAGGAACCAGCUAGCAUGGAGGAGGCAUUAGCUGGACCAGAUAGGGACAAAUGGCUAGCUUCUAGGGAUGCUGAGUACCAGAGCCUGCUGGAGAAUGGGACUUGGGAAAUAGUGGUGCUGCCUGAGGGAAAGAAAGCGGUACAAUGCAAGUGGGUGCUAAGGAUCAAGACUGACGACAAGGGGCAGGUCACCAUCUACAAGAAUAGGCUGGUGGCUAAGGGGUUUAUGCAGAAGGAGAAGCGGGACUUCAAUGAGAUGUUUGCUCCCACUGCCAAACCCCCUACCCUCCGUGUCUUGGUGUGCAAGCUGAAAAAGUCCAUCUACGGCUUGAAGCAGGCGCCACGCUGCUGGUACCACAAGUUGGCAGCUGUUUUAGAGGAGAUGGGAUUCAGGACCAGCAGCUGUGAUGAGAGCCUCUUUCUCAAGGGGGAGGGGAAGAAGCUGGUGCUGUUUCUGGUCUAUGUGGACGACAUUCUUCUCUUUAGCAGCAGCAUGAAGGAGAUCCAGAAGGUGCAGCAGCAGCUGAUGGAGAACUUCAAGUGCAAGAACCUUGGGGAGGUAAAAUAUUACCUCGGGAUGCACGUAGAGAGGGAUCUGGAUCACAGGUGGUUGAAGCUGCACCAGGAGAAGUUCAUCAAGGAGCUUGGGGAGAAGUACGGAAUUGAGAACGAGCGCAAGGUUGCAACUCCCCUGCCAGCAGAAUUCAAGCUUGUGAAAGCUGCAGAGGAUGAAGGGGUUGAAGCCGAGGAGCAGCAGCAAUUUCAGUCCUUGGUGGGCAGCCUCUUGUAUGCAGCUGUUCACACGAGGCCCGACAUCUCUUUCUCGGUUGGGCAGCUGGCUAGGGUGGUGCAGAAUCCAUCAGAGGAGCAGGUGGAUGCAGCUGAGCGUGUGGUGAAGUAUCUGAACUCUCACCCAAGCAUUGGAGUUCAAUACUCCGCAUCUGCACAGGUGAAGGAGAAAGGGGUUGAGGUGCUGAAAGAGAAAGGGGAGAGGCUUGGAGAAGGCAAGCUCUUUCUCACUUGCUUUACCAAUGCUACGUGGGCCUCUGAGAAGGAGGAUUCCUCAUCUGUGGGAGGAUUCAUCUGCGUAGUUGGGGGAGGACCAGUUAGUUGGAGGUCAAAGAAGCAGACGGAGACAGCACUCUCUUCCGUGGAAUCAGAGUACAUGGCGAUGUUCCAUGGGAUGAAGGAGGUGAUUUGGCUGAGGAGGCUGUUGGAGGAGAUUGGCCAGGAGCAAAAGGUUGCUACGCCGCUGUUUUGUGAUAGCAAGGGAGCUCUUGGGAUGGCCAGGAACGCUGUGCUUCAUGGGCUGAAUAAGCACACGCGUAUCAAGUGGCACUGGCUGCGUAAGGAGGUGAAGAGGGGGACGGUGAAUCCGAUCUACAUCAAGACUCACCAGCAGCCAGCAGACUUCCUCACCAAGAGGCUUGCGGAUGAGCCUCAUUGGCGUUGUGUGCGCAUGAGUGUAAUGAGCAUGAACUAG